UAAUGGCAAGAUUUUCCAUGGAAAACACGGAGAAAGAGUACUGGGGGAGAGUGGGUAGGGAGGGGAGAGAGAGGAAAGAUAUGAAAACUGCCGGGCAAAGAUUCCUUUGCCCCUGUCCCAGACAACAUGGCAUUGGCAAGCACCCAGGCACACUCAUGCACAUACAAGACACACGUCGUGCUGUCUGCCGAACCUCGUUCUCUCGUCGGGCUGGGCGCCAACGACGCGAAAUGCAAUCCAAUGGCGUCCGCACCCUCCUCCCAGUAAAGAGUUAUUUUAAAACUUUACGCAUAGCACUCGCUAGCAACAGUGACCAGGGAGAAAAGGGCAAAGGAGAAGGGCACGGGAGGGAGCACAGGAAUAAGAGGAGGGGUAAACCCUACCAAAGCUGCUGCAAAACAGCUGCAGCAGCAUCAGAGGGGAGACCUGGGACGGGAAGGAUGGCUCAGGGUCCGGGAGAAUCGGAGACGGCGUCCGAGCUCCGGCGAAGCACCUUCCGCCGGGCUCGGCGCUGGCCGCGGCCCCGCCUGGCGCUGAGGGUGAGGCCGGGGCUGGUGUUCGCCGCAGGGGAGCGGAGCGGAGCCCGCACGGGCUGCGAGGCGGCGGCAGCGCCGCAGGAAGUCGGCGCCCGAAGGCGCUGGCACGGGGGUGGCGGUGGGGCGGCCCCGCUCGGGCCGGCCCGCUUUCCGCAGCGGUCGCGCGCCGAGAGCCGCCGCCGGCACCCGUCGUGUCGUCGACGAUGGUGCUGCCGGGGUCCUGCUGCCCUCUCCCGGGAUUCGUCCCGCUUCCUCAGGCAGGGCCCCUCCGCCCGGCCGCGCCGCCGCGCCGCCGCCCGUGCCCCCUGCUGCUGUUCCGCUCGCUGUUCGGGCUGGCGCUGCUGCAGACCGGCCUGGGAUGCGCCCUGAUGGCUCUGUGUUUCGGGGCGCUGUCGCUGAGCAGCGCCCCGCAGGUGAAGAACGCGUGUCCCCUCUGGGCCGGCUCCUCGGCAGUCUUAUGUGGAAUCUUAGGGUUAACAACAUGGAAGAGGCCAAUGCGGCUUUUGGUUAACCUGUUUGUUCUGCUGUCUGUGAUCAGUUUUAUGCUGAACGUGACUGGAUUAAUACUAGGAUGUCAAGGCAUUCAAUUUGUGUCCAGGGUACCCAGAUGCAAUUUGGUGAUGUUUUUCUGCAGCUGGAAAGCCAUACUAACGGAUUUGAUCUGUGUUGUUUAUUGCAGCACACCUGUCUCUGAUGUGAUUUCACUGCACUAUACUUAUGUAAUACCAAUCAGAGGGGCUGAAGUGUACUGCCCUCUGGACCCACCUCCGCCUUAUGAAACUGUCUGCAGCUUAAAAAGCUCUGAGCAGGGAGGUGCACUUCAAAUAAAUGGUGUGGAAGAUGUUGAUUCAGGGGAAGUAAGUGACAGACAGUCCUUUCAAGCUGAAGAAAUUCAGGAGCCUUCCAGCAGAGUAAGUUUUUCCCCUUCAAAUGCAAGCUGUGUGCCUGAAGAAGUGAACAGGAGAGCCUUCAAUCCCUUGUGGAAAUGUUCUAAAAGUGACCCUGUGCUCCUGCACUGCCAGCUGCCUCAAGGGACAGUGCUCAACAGUGAAACUGCAACACUCAAUGAUGUAAAUCCACUGAAUGCUGUCACCUUGCAGAAGAGUUCAAGAGCAAAAGCUUCGCGGGGAAGACCCCAAUCUCUGAUAGACUAUAAGUCUUACAUGGACACUAAACAGCGUGUGGCGUGGGUCCUUGAGCAGUCCUGCAGCAUGAGCCCAGACAUACAUGACUUGGUGGAAAAUAUCAAGUCUGUUUUAAAAUCAGAUGAGAAACAUAUGGCAGAAGCUGUUGCCAGUGCCACUUUCCUUGAGCAGGUGAUGAUACCUGCCCAGCAAGCCACAUCCGAGAGCCAUGUGUUACCUUCCAGAUUGCAUCCUGGAUUGCUGUACCUGGAGAGCUGUGGUGACCUGAGUAUUUUCAUAACAGAGGGAGAACAGCUAGCAGAGAGGAGAAUCCAAAGAGCAGAACAUGAACGGACUCAGAGUGUCAUUGGUGUUCUCAGAGAAACUGUGCUUUGAGCUGGUUUUUUGGUUAUUCCUCAGCAGAGCACUGCUGUCAGACAUAUACAUACUACAGAAGAAGAUAAUCUCUGGCAAAUGGGUGGAUGGGUUUGUUGGUAAUCACCUUCUUUUUUAAUACUCUUAUGCACAGACCCCAAAUGGCGAAGAUUAUUCUACAAAGAGUAAUAAGCAGAUUGAAAGCUGGCCUUUACUGGGCUCUCAGCUGCAACUUGCCUGUUUGUGACACACUGGUGCCCUGCAUCUCUGUGAAGUUUGGAAAUGUGUAGUUGUGGGAUAUGAUGAUCCUUGUGGAAGGAGCUGUCAAAAGCAGUAUUGAAGAACUUUGCAAAUUUUUGGUACUUUGGUUUAAAUGAAAAUCUCCUGUCAAAAAAUGGAGACUUUCAGAUACAAACAAAGUAAAACAAUGGUGUACAGAAUUCUAAAAUUCUUCUUUAUAAAAGAAGGUUGUUGAUGUGCAAACUGGACUAAAAUAAAAUCUGUCUUGAAG